AUGUGCUACGUGGGAAAAGCAACAAAGAUCUUCAUCUUCAUCGUCUCCGCGCUCGUUAUUACUGGUCUGAUCAUAGGAUUUGGUCUCUCGCGACACCGACACAGCAAUAACAACAACAACAAAUGCUCCGAUGAAUCUUGCGGUACUUUUCCGACACCGAAUUUCAAUUUACCUACUCCUCCUUUUACACCAGGCAACCCCAUUUCUAUACCUGCUCCUCCGGUACAGUCAGAAUCUCCGCCUGUAACAAAUCCAACUCCUCCUCCUCCGCCGCCUGACUCCUCCACCUCCACCUCCACCUCCAACCCUCCUCCUCCUCCGGCUGACUCUAACCCGAACUCUCCUCCUCCACCGUCAAUUCAGUCUCCGCCGUCUCCUCCGCCUACUGUAGCAGAGCCGCCGACGGGAAGUACGCCGGGAUCGGCGUUAGUGAGUCCGGGUCCUGUACAUGCUAUUUUCUAG